AUGACGGAGGAAUACUUCGUCUCUAGUUUCAUAAGCGGCCUAAAUGAUGAUAUUAGAUCUAUGGUAAAGAUGAUGCGACCUCGUACUAUGCAAGAGGCUACGGAAGAUGCAGUGUUGCAGGAAUUAACAGUGGAGGCCUUGCUUAAAAAACAGAGGAUUCAAGGUAGAGGGAACGCAUAUGGAGCAAAUUACUCAGGAGGAAGGGUGCCGGGAAAGGAAAUGGUGAGAUCGGAGAAAAGAGCUAAGUUUCUAGCCAGUUCUUUCGCAGGACAACAAGGUGUUAAGCAAUGGGAACACCGGAGACCUACAGGGCUUUGCUAUCGAUGUGGAGACGAAUAUACUCCAGGGCAUCAGUGCAAGAGACAACUCCUCUUGUUGGAAGGAGGGGAUGUAGAUGAGGAAGGCGAUGGGGACACACUCACUUUAGUCGGAGAAUUGGGAGAGGAAGAUAACGAGGCGAUCUCGCUGCAUGCAAUUAAGGGAAUGACAGGCAGUAAGAUCAUUAAGGUGGAAGGAAGAGCUCAAGAUAGCACUCUCAUGGUGUUGAUUGAUAGUGGAAGUACUCACAGCUUCAUUGAUGAGGGAAUUGCGCGGAAGCUUAAAUGCGAACUAUCCAACACUCAACCACUUGCGGUCACAGUCGCCAAUGGGAGUAAGGUCCUAAGUAGAUCAGCUUGCUUAGGAUUUUGCUGGAUGAUGCAGGGUGAAACAUUUAAAACGGAUUUGAGAUUGUUAAAACUUAGAGGGUGCCACAUAAUGUUGGGAGUCGAUUGGAUGAAAGACGUAAGUCCAAUCAAUUUUGAUUUCAACAAAAUGGAGGUAACAAUGGAGAAGGAUGGUCGGAGGGUGACAUUGCAAGGUAAUGUGGAGAGUGGAAUUUGCAAGAUGAUCAAGGGUAAGAAGUUACAAAAGUUGUUCAAAUAUAAAAUAGCCCAAGUAGCCCAAUUGUUAUCGAUAGAGACCUAUUGUGAAGAAGAAGACCAUGAAAUGGUGAGUGGGCAGUGUAAGAUGUUCCACGGCAGUGAGAAUACAUUACCAUGGCAGGUACGUGAACUGGAAUCUCUAGAUUUAUUGUUGAUUGAAUUCCAGGACUUAUUUGCGGAACCUAAGAAAUUACCUCCUAACCGACCCUUUGACCACUCUAAAAACCUCCAUCCCAACUCAGCUCCUAUCAAUAUUAGAUCCUACCGAUAUCCACCAAAGCUCAAAUCUGAAAUUGAGAAAAUGGUGAAGGAAAUGUUAGCCAAUUCUAUCAUUCGACCUAGCAAGAACCCUUUUGCUUCUCUCGUCCUUUUAAUUAAAAAGAAGGACGGCACAUGGCGCUUUUGCAUUGAUUAUCGGCAGCUCAACACUAUCACUAUCAAAGACAAAUUUCCCAUCCCUAUUAUUGAAGACUUAUUAGACGAACUUAGAUACGCCACGGUCUUCUCCAAGCUGGAUUUAAGAUCCGAUUACCAUCAAAUUCGAAUGGACCCAAAAGACAUCCACAAAACAGCUUUUCAAACCCCACCACGGCCAUUAUGA